AUGCGGGUUCGAUGGGCGAUUUCGUUGGAAGACACAAUUACAUCUCCCACCUUUCAAAACAUAUUCAGGCGAGCAGUGUUAUGUGCAUCGGAAGAAGAUGUGGAUCAACAGAGGAGAUUUCGAUUCAAAGAAGAUGCACUGGCUUGUCUCAUCGGUAGAUUGAUGCCAAGAAAAGCCGCCGUUCUUCAUACAUCGAAUUCUUGGUCUUCAUUGGAGUUCGUCCGUACCGAAAUCGGAAAACCCUCUCUAGUUCAGUCUUCUUCCGCUCCAAAUUUUGAAUACAAUGUUUCUCAUCACGGAGAUCUCGUUGUUUUGGCUACAGGUGAAACAAGAAUUGGUGUUGAUGUGAUGAGAGUUGAUGAAGCUCGUCGAGAGACAGCUGUUGAGCAGAUGGAUACAUUGAAAAGACAUUUCAGUGAAGAAGAGAUUCAAACAGUGAAAGGAGGAGAGAAAAGCGAAAUGAAAAGAUGGCAUGCAUUCUAUAGGAUUUGGUGUCUGAAAGAGUCAAUUCUGAAGGCAACAGGCGUCGGACUUCCUGAUGGAUUGCACAAUCACACUUUUCAAAUGAAUCGAAACUAUGAUCAUAUUCCAGGAAAUUCCACAACAUCAUCUCUAUAUUUUCAUCGAUCCACUCCCCAACCUCAAUGGACUUUCGAAGAGUCGUUCAUCGGUGAAAAACAUUGUGUAGCUGUGGCUUCGGAAUCCUCUUCACCUUCAGAAAACGUUAUUCCAUUUGAAAUGAAAUCUUUAGAAGAGAUUUUAAAAGACGCUGAUUUUAUAAAUGUAACUGCUGAUGUUGAUGAGGAACUUGAAGUUUUCAUGGAGAAACCGAAUAAACCAUUUUAA